UCGUGACCAUAGCUAAUCUAGAUCAUAGUCAAUCGUGACUUAAGUAUUGUACCAAUCGUUUAAUCAUGGCUUCAUCAAGGAAAAAUAAUCUGUUAACUGAUGUUCAAAGAUCCAUUUUGUCUCGGUAUUUUGACCAAGGCAUGACUGGAAAGGGUCAAGCCCACAACGAUCUCAUUGAACAGGCCAGUGCAGAAGCCAAAGUGACUAAGGAAACUGUAAAGAAUUGGAUUGGAAGCGAACGAAAGAAGAGAAAAGCAGCGGCAAGUUCGACUUCGAGUGAUCAAGAUACCGCACCGUCAGCAAAAAGCGUAAAAAGCAUCCCCUGCAUACGAGCUCCCACGUCAUACAAUAACUUUUGUAAGGAGCUGUUCAACAAAGAUCAGUGUCGAAACCUUUCUAUGGUAGAAAGAAAUUCGUUUGCUGCCAAAGAGUGGGCGAAACUCACUGCUGAAGAAAAAAUUUUAUAUAAGAGUUCGCAGAAUAUAGCGGGCGAGUUGAAUCCCGAAGAUAUUGAAAGGACCGUCAAAAAGAUAAGAGAUCAAAUAAUUAAGCUGGUAAACAUUCUUGAUGGAUAUGGCUGUUGCACUGCGGUACUACAAAAAGAUCCUGAUGGACAGUUGUUUGGUUUUGGAUCCCCUGCAGGUCAAGACUUUUUGUCAAGGAAUCCCGAGUUGAUGUUUAAAUUCAAAAGCCAUUUUGGUGGUGCAGACAACAAAGAUGUUACAUAUAAAGACAUAACAGCACUAUUCAACCAAAAAUACAGUCAAAUGGUUGGAAAACCUUCAAGAGUGCCAUACCUCAAGGGUGGUUUUGAGGUUGAGGGACUUCCUGAAGAUUUGCCUUUUCGGAAGCCUUUCAUGUAUGGCGGGAUGCAAAUGAGGAGAAUUCUUGAGGCUAAAGAAAGCAUCAUCUUCAAACCAGCCCCAUUGCAAGGACAUAGUGAUGAUGCUGUUGAGACUCCAAUUGAACAAGAGCCCAUCCCAACAGAAGCAACUCAACAAAUACUGGCAUCCCUGUUAGCCCAUAUUGCUGGAGACAGAGUGUCAAGGCGUGCACUUAGUGGUGGUGGUGUCAUAAAAGAAGAAGAAACCGAGGUUGUAGAUCUCACAUUCAGUAAUCGUGAAAUGUGGAUCCUACAGUCAUACGGCAUCACAUAUUUUGAUACAGAUGCAUGGAAGGGGCUUUGGCACAAUGUUCAACAUGACACAGAGCAUGAUGGUGGUGUCAUCCUUCCUGUGCUGAGUGGAGGAGGAGUGGAUUAUUCUAAAAGCAUCAAGUGGCAAAGCACUAAAAGGACACUGGCUAGACAGGAUUCCAUCAUCAUCUAA